AUGAGAUCCUAAGAUGGCGGUGGCUGCGGCGGUUGGCGCCUAGUAGCUCCUGUGGAGACGGCGGCCAUUGGGUAUCUAGGCAGUCGGGGAAUUUGCCAGCUGCCGUGCUGCGGUCUUCGAGGGAGAACCGCUGCCGGUGCCGGGUCCUGGGCCCGACGGCCACCUUGCCCUAGGCUGGAGGGGCGGCUUUCGCUCACAGACAACACCUUUGAAGUGUAGAAGAGGGAAUGAAGUGUUGCUGAACUGCAAAACACCCUUUGCUUCUAAAUAGAAAAUUGUUAAGCCAACAUGGCCACAGGUGGUGGUCCUUUUGAAGAAGGCAUGAAUGAUCAAGAUUUACCAAGCUGGAACCAUGAUAGUGUGGAUGACCGACUCAACAAUAUGGAUUGGGGUGGCCAACAGAAGAAGGCAAAUAGAUCAUCAGAAAAGAAUAAAAAAAAGUUUGGUGUAGAAAGUGAUAAAAGGGUAACAAAUGAUAUUUCUCCGGAGUCAUCACCAGGAGUUGGAAGACGAAGAACAAAGAUUCCACAUACAUUUCCACACAGUAGAUACAUGACUCAGAUGUCUGUCCCAGAGCAGGCAGAAUUAGAAAAACUUAAACAACGAAUAAACUUCAGUGAUUUGGAUCAGAGAAGCAUUGGAAGUGAUUCUCAAGGUAGAGCAACAGCUGCUAACAACAAACGUCAGCUUAGUGAAACUAGAAAGCCCUUCAACUUUUUGCCUAUGCAGAUUAAUACUCACAAAAGCAAAGAUGCUGCUACAAGUCUUCAAAAAAGAGAAACGGUUGGAUCAGCACAAUGUAAAGAGCUGUUUGCUUCUGCUUUGAGUAAUGACCUUUUGCAAAACUGUCAAGUUUCUGAAGAAGAUGGGCGAGGAGAGCCUGCAAUGGAGAGCAGCCAGAUUGUAAGCAGGCUUGUUCAAAUUCGUGACUAUAUUACUAAAGCUAGCUCCAUGAGAGAAGAUCUUAUGGAGAAAAAUGAAAGAUCUGCUAAUGUUGAGCGCCUUACUCAUCUAAUAGAUCACCUUAAAGAACAGGAAAAGUCAUACAUGAAAUUUCUCCAGAAAAUCCUUGCUAGAGAAAAUGAGGAGGAGGAUGUUCGGACUAUAGACUCAGCUGUGGGAUCUGGUUCUGUAGCUGAGAGCACAUCGCUAAACGUAGAUGUGCAGUCUGAGGCUUCAGAUGCCACGGAGGCAUCUUUUAGUCUGAGAAUUCGGCCGUGCAUUGAGGACAAACUAGGGAAUUCAGCUUCACGAGAACAGGUUUCAGACAUUGACGUUACUACAAGUCCAAAAGGGAAAGGUGACAGACCUCCUCAGAAUGGCAGGGAACAGAGACCUAAUAGGAAAUAUAGCCGAAAACGUGGAUUUCCCUCAAAGGCUAGAGAUCCUCAACAGGAGCCUAUGGAAGAGAUAGAAAAUUUGAAGAAACAACAUGAUUUAUUAAAAAGAAUGUUACAACAGCAAGAGCAGCUGCGAGCUCUCCAGGGACGGCAGGCUGCUCUUCUAGCUUUGCAACAUAAAGCAGAGCAAGCUAUAGCUGUGAUGGAUGAUUCUGUUGUUACAGAAACCACAGGAAGCUUAUCUGGAGUCAGUAUCACAUCUGAACUAAAUGAAGAAUUGAAUGACUUAAUUCAGCAUUUUCAUAAUCAGCUUCAUGAUUCUCAGGCUUCAGCUGUUCCAGAUAAUAGAAGACAGGCAGAAAGUCUUUCAUUAACUAGAGAGGUUUCUCAGAACAGAAAUCCAUCAGUUUCAGAGCACUUACCUGAUGAGAAAGUCCAGCUCUUUAGCAAAAUGAGAGUCCUACAGGAAAAGAAACAGAAAAUGGACAAAUUACUUGGAGAACUUCAUAGCCUUCGAGAUCAACAUUUGAACAAUUCCUCAUUUGUACCUUCUUCAACUUCUCCCCAAAGGAGUGGGGAUCAGAGAAGUACAACUUCAGCUCCCUCUGCUCCUGUAGGCGUGCCACCAGUUGUCAAUGGAGAGUCCAACAGCCUUACUUCAUCUCUUCCUUGUCCUACUACUACUCUAGUUUCUCAGAAUGAGACUGAAAAUGAAGGCCAUCUAAAUCCAACAGAAAAACUACAGAAAUUAAAUGAAGUUCGAAAGAGAUUGAAUGAACUAAGAGAAUUAGUUCAUUAUUAUGAACAAACAUCAGAUAUGAUGACAGAUGCUGUCAAUGAAAAUACAAAAGAUGAAGAAACUGAAGAGUCAGAAUAUGAUUCUGAGCAUGAAAAUUGUGAACCAGUUACUAAUAUCCGAAAUCCACAAGUAGCAGCUACCUGGAAUGAAGUAAACAGUACCAGUAACGCACAGUGUGCUUCUAAUAAUAGAGAUGGAAGGGCAGUUAAUUCUAAUUGCCAAAUUAACAACAGAUCUGCUGCCAAUGUCAGGGCUGUGAACAUGCCUUCCCUUGCAGACUGUCGAUACAAUAGAGAAGGAGAACAAGAAAUGCGUAUAGUGCAAGGUGAAGAUGAUGAAGAGGAAGAGGAAAUAGAAGAAGAGGGAGUGAGUGGAGCUUCAGUAUCUAGUCAUAGGAGCAGUCUGGUUGAUGAGGCACCAGAAGAUGCAGAAUUUGAACAGAAGAUUGGUAGACUUAUGGCUGCAAAACAGAAACUUCGACAGCUGCAAGAUCUUGUUGCUAUGGUGCAGGAUGAUGAUGCAGCUCAAGCUGUUAUCUCUGCCAGUACAUCAAAUCCAGAUGAUUUCUACCCAGCAGAAGAUGAUGCCAAACAAAAUUCAAAUAACACAAGAGAAACUCCCAAUAAAACACAGAAAGAUACUGGAGUAAAUGAAAAGGCAAGAGAGAAAUUUUACGAGGCUAAACUACAGCAGCAACAGAGAGAACUAAAACAAUUGCAGGAAGAAAGAAAGAAGCUGAUUGAAAUUCAAGACAAAAUUCAGGCAUUGCAAAAGGCAUGUCCUGACUUACAGCUAUCAGCCACUAGUGUGGGUAGUUGUCCAACAAAAAAAUAUCUACCUGUUGUUACAUCAACCCCAACUGCUAAUGAAAAUGAGCCCAGUACAAGCAAAUCUGCUUUUGAGCCUGAAGAUUCUUCGGUAGUAGAUAAUGAGUUGUGGUCAGACAUGCGAAGACAUGAAAUGUUAAGGGAAGAGCUGCGACAGAGAAGAAAGCAGCUGGAAGCUCUAAUGGCUGAACAUCAGAGGAGACAAGGUCUAGCUGAGACCACAUCUCCAGUGGCUGUAUCUUUGAGAAGUGAUGGGUCUGAGAAUCUGUGUACUCCUCAACAAAGUAGAACAGAAAAAACAAUGGCAACUUGGGGCGGUUCUACUCAGUGUGCACUUGAUGAAGAAGGAAAUGAAGAUGGUUAUCUUUCUGAAGGAGUUCGGACAGAUGAAGAAGAGGAAGAAGAGCAAGAUGCCAGUUCCAAUGAUAACUUUCCAAUGUAUCCUCCUAACAGUAUGAAUCAUAAUGCCUAUAGGGUAAAGGAAACUAAAAAUAGGUGGAAGAACAAUCGCCCUAUUUCAGAAGAUGGAAAUUAUCGUCCUUUAGCCAAGACAAGGCAACAGAAUAUCAGCAUGCAACGACAAGAAAACCUUCGAUGGGUUUCAGAGCUCUCUUACAUAGAAGAGAAAGAACAAUGGCAAGAACAAAUUAAUCAGCUAAAGAAACAACUUGAUUUUAGUGUCAAUAUUUGUCAGACUUUGAUGCAAGACCAGCAGACUCUGUCUUGUUUGCUGCAAACUCUUCUAACAGGUCCUUAUAGUGUUAUGCCAAGCAAUGUUGCAUCUCCUCAAGUACAUCUUAUAAUGCACCAGCUGAAUCAGUGCUACACACAGCUAACAUGGCAGCAGAAUAAUGUUCAGAGGUUAAAACAAAUGCUAAAUGAACUUGUGCACCAACAAAAUCAGCAUCCAGAAAAAACUAGAAGCAAAGCAAGAGGCAGUAAUGCAUCACACCCCUCUUCUCCCAAUUUAUUUUGUCCUUUCAGCUUUCCAACACAGCCUGUAAAUCUGUUUAAUUUUCCUGGAUUUACUAACUUUCCAUCAUUUGCACCAGGUAUGAAUUUCAGCCCUUUAUUUCCUUCUAAUUUUGGAGAUUUCUCUCAGAAUAUUUCUACACCUAAUGAACAGCAGCAGCCAUUAACCCAGAAUCCUUCAGGGAAAACAGAAUAUAUGGCUUUUCCCAAGCCUUUUGAAAGCAAUUCUUCUCUUGGAGCAGAAAAACAAAGGAACCAAAAACAGCCUGAAGAGGAGAUAGAAAACAGUAAGACACCAUGGUUAUAUGACCAAGAAGGAGAAGUAGCAAAACCAUUUUUCAAGUCUGGAUUUGCAAUGUCUGCAGAGAAAACUACAAAUAGCAAUCACAAAAGUCAAGUAGAUACGAGCAGGCAAAGACGCCAGUUUGAUGAAGAAUCCUUAGAAAGCUUUAGCAGUAUGCCUGAUCCAAUAGAUCCAACAACAGUAACAAAAACAUUUAAGACAAGAAAAGCAUCUGCACAGGCCAGUCUGGCUUCUAAAGACAAAACUCCCAAGUCAAAGAGUAAGAAGAGGAAUUCUACUCAGCUGAAAAGCAGAGUUAAAAAUAUUGGGUAUGAAAGUGCCAGUGUGUCUAGCACAUGUGAACCUUGCAAAAGUAGGAAUAGACAUUCAUCACAGACUGAAGAGCCUGUUCAAGCAAAAGUAUUCAGCAGAAAGAAUCAUGAGCAUCUGGAAAAAAUACUAAAAUAUAAUCGAUCUUCAGAAAUAUCUUCAGCACAUGCUAGGAGAAUACUACAGCAGUCUAACAGAAAUGCAUGCACUGAAGCACCAGAAACUGGGAGUGAUUUUUCAAUGUUUGAAACUCUACGGGAUACUAUUUAUUCUGAAGUAGCGACAUUAAUUUCUCAAAAUGAAUCUCGUCCACAUUUUCUUAUUGAACUCUUCCAUGAGCUUCAACUACUUAAUACAGACUACUUGAGACAAAGGGCUUUGUAUGCAUUGCAGGAUAUGGUUUCCAGACAUAUUUCUGAGAGUGAUGAAAAAGAAGGAGAAAAUGUCAAGUUAGUGAACUCUGGCACUUGGGUAGCAUCAAAUUCAGAACUUACUCCCAGUGAAAGCCUUGGCACAACUGACGAUGAAACUUUUGAGAAGGACUUAGAAAGAGAAACACACAAGAUAAGUGAUCAAAAUGAUGCUGAUAAUGCUAGUGUCAUGUCUGUAUCUUCAAAUUUUGAGCCUUUUGCAACAGAUGACCUAGGUAACACUGUGAUUCACUUAGAUCAGGCAUUGGCCAGAAUGAGAGAAUAUGAGCGUAUGAAGACUGAAGCUGAUAGUAAAUCAAAUGUGAGAUGUACCUGCAGGGUUAUUGAGGAUGAAGAUGGUCCUGCUGCCACUAAUACAGUUAAUAAUUUAGAAGAUACUUCCAUUAUUGAAAAUCAUAGUUCACAACAACCUUUAAGUGAAGUGUCUACUGUUCCAUGUCCUAGAAUUGAUACUCAGCAACUGGACCGGCAAAUUAAAGCAAUUAUGAAAGAAGUCAUUCCUUUUUUGAAGGAGCACAUGGAUGAAAUAUGUUCUUCACAACUUCUCAUCUCAGUAAGACGCAUGGUUUUGACACUUACCCAGCAAAAUGAUGAGAGCAAAGAGUUUGUAAAGUUCUUUCAUAAACAACUAGGAAGCAUCUUACAAGAUUCACUGGCAAAAUUUGCAGGCAGAAAGUUGAAAGACUGUGGAGAAGAUCUUCUUGUGGAGAUAUCUGAAGUAUUGUUUAAUGAAUUGGCUUUCUUUAAGCUUAUGCAAGAUUUGGAUAAUAAUAGUAUAACUGCUAAACAGAGGUGCAAAAGGAAAAUGGAAGCAGCUGGAGUGAUACAGACUUAUGCCAAAGAGGCCAAAAGAAUUCUUGAAGGAGAUCACGGCUCACCUGCAGGAGAGAUUGAUGAUGAAGACAAAGACAAGGAUGAGACUGAAAUUAUUAAGCAGACACAGACUUCUGAGACAUAUGGUGUAGAAGGUCCCAAAAAUGUAAGAUCUGAUGUUUCUGAUCAAGAGGAAGAUGAAGACAGUGAAAGAUGUCCAGUGUCUAUUAAUUUGUCUAAAGCUGAAACUCAGGCUUUAACUAAUUAUGGAAGUGGAGAAGAUGAGAAUGAAGAUGAAGAAAUGGAAGAAUUUGAAGAGAGCCCUGUGGAUGUCCAGACUUCACUUCAGGCUAACACUGCAAUGACAGAAGAAAAUGAACAUGAUAAACAGGUUCUGCAACAUGGUCUUGAAAGAACAGCAGAAAGCAUAAAUGUUGCAGCAGACCACGACCACACCAAUGAUCAAGAUAAUUCUCCUAUGAAACCCUGCUAUCUCAAUAUCUUGGAAAAUGAACAAUCUUUAAAUAGUACUACCCAUAAGGACUCACUCACUGCUACUGAUUCUUCUAAGCAGCCUAAUAAUCCUUUACCUGAAAUUGAAACCUUAGUGCCUAGAGUUAAAGAAGUUAAGUCUGUUCAGGAAACUCCUGAGAGCUCUCUGGCUGGAAGUCCUGAUACUGAAUCUCCUGUGUUAGUGAAUGACUAUGAAGCAGAAUCUGGCAACAUUAGUCAAAAGUCUGAUGAAGAAGACUUUGUGAAAGUUGAGGAUUUGCCACUCAAACUAACAAUAUAUUCAGAGGCAGAUCUAAGGAAAAAAAUGGUAGAAGAACAACAAAGAAACCAUUUAUCUGGUGAAAUAUGUGAAAUGCAAACUGAAGAAUUAGCUGGAAAUUCUCAGACACUAAGAGAACCUGAAGCAGUUGGAGCCCAGAGUGUAUGAGAUGUCUUCAAACUCUUCUAACUAUACAGUCAGUGCAUAUAUAAUAAUGACACUAAAUAAACAUCUGUUUUGAUCUGUAUAAAAUGUAAAUUAGUUUGAUACUGCAUUAUGAUGUGUGUGCUAAUUUCUGCCCAUGGCAGUUUAAAACAUCAGAAUCCUGGACAGAUUCAAAUCUUGACAUAGUAUGGUUUUUUUGUUGUUGCUUUUUCUUUCUCUUCUUGGCCUUUUUUUGUUUGUGUGCUUUUGGUUUUGGUUUUGGUUGUUGUUUUGUUUAUUUCUCAUUGUGAUGUUUGGUAACAUUACAUUUAAAUUGUAGUUUUAAAUAAAGUUUGAACUUACCUGUAAGUAUCCUUUUUGGAAAUUUUGUUGAAUUGUAUGUGACAAAUUGCUAUUCUGUGAAACUUGAGGCUAUUCAAAGAGAGUAGUGGGCAAGAAUUAGAGAAAUAGUAUUUAUUAUAAAGCUCAGCCUUCCAAACCAAUGUCAGUGUUGCUGCUAUUGGGAUUAGUGUUCUUUCCAGCUAUCUUCUGGUCCUGAGUAAGAAUAAGGCAGAGAUAAGGGAACCAGCAAUCAUAGAAUAUAUGUUCAUAACCCAGAGUGUGUGAGCUUAAAAUAGAUGUUCUCAGUACCUAAAACUUAUAGAAUUGUCUAUUAAAUGAAUAUUUUACAGAAUGGCUAAUAAUUGUCUCUGUUGCCUCAGUCUGAAAAUUAAGGGACAAGUUUUAUAUGAUUAGAGUAUUUCAAUGGAGGCAAGUAACAUCUUGAUUGAAUUUUUUAAGUGAAAAACUAAAGUCGUGUAGGGAAAAGUAAAACUAACAACAGGACAUUAAGGUUUUAUAUGCCUUUGGACAAACUUACCUUUUGAGGUGAUAAUUUAAAACCAAAGCAUAACUUGAUUGGGGAGGGGGGAUUCUAAGAAAGAAGCAAAUUCACAGGGAAAUAGUAAAGUAUUAUGUAAAGAAAACUUGACUUCUUUAUUACUAAGUAAAUCAACUUUAAAAAGUGAUCUGCUUUUUCUCUCCCAUACUUAACCACAGACCCAGUUAGGCAUUUCAAAACCAGUUAACAGUGACAUAAGUCAGUCUUACUGAAUUUUACCUUUCAACAGUAGCUGUGUGAAGAAUUAGUAGUUAGUUCCAGUUAUCCUUUUAAAUUUGAUAUCAAUUGUCUAAAAUACCCCAUAUGAAAAUAACUUGUUUGGUUUUAAAGUUCUCACUUACCAAUACCUUACUAUAAACUACAGUGUCCAAUCAGAAUAUCAAAUGAAGAUUUCCCUCUGAGAUCAUUUAUUAUAGUAUUACUUAAUUUAAAUUAAGACCUAUAUCCCCAACUUUAUUAAAACCUAUUAGAAAAACUACCAAUUUGGAAUUGGUAAUUCUUAGUUGGAUGGCUUUGGAGACAUUGGAACAAUAAAUUGCAUUAUAUAGUCUGUAAAUUCUGUAUUUUCUAGACUUUAAGCAAGAAGUUCAUUUUGGUCCUCAAGUCAAGCCUUACAUAUUGCAGCUCUCUGCAUGCAUAUUAAAGAUAGAUGCACUGGAAGACUUAUUAUGCUAUUACCAUGAUACUAUAAAUUUUAUCAAACCAGCUUUUUUGACUUGUGUUACAACUGCUACCCAGUCCUUUGAUUGGUUUCCUAUUUCAGUGGUAAUUUAGUUAUAAAAUAUCUAAGGAUUGAGAACCAAUAAUAUGUUUAAUAUGUUGUCCCUAGUGACUGUUGCUCAAAGGUUAGGCUUUAAAUAUUCCUGUUUGUCUUCAUUUUUAAGUUAAAACUUUGGUUAGAGAUUGAUUUGUUUAAAGGGAAAAGGUCAUAAUAAGUGUAUGUUCAGAUAAAGCCUAAAACAUUGAACUGUCCAGACUCUGAAAGUUCUCUGUAUUUUAUAACUUUGACUUUGGGUAAAUGCUUUUUCACUCUUAAUAAAGGUAUAUCCUACAGACAA